AUGACUUUUGAUCUUCUUGCUCUUGGAAACCCUCUUCUUGAUCUUCAAGCUGAUGUUGAUGCCGAGUACUUGGCCAAGUACGACCUCAAGGCCAAUGAUGCUAUUCUCAUUGAAGAUAAGCACAAGCCUAUUUUCGACGAGGUCAUGGCUCAACCUAAGGUUCAUAUUUUGGCCGGAGGUGCUGCUCAAAAUGCUGCUCGUGGUGCUCAAUACUUGUUGCCUGCCAAUUCGGUUAUCUACUUCGGAUCGGUCGGUCAAGAUAAAUACGCUGAGUUGUUGACUAAAGCCAAUGACGAGGCUGGUGUUUACUCUAACUACAUGGUUCAAAAGGACAUUCCUACUGGUAAAUGUGCUGCUCUUAUUACUGGCAACGACCGUUCUCUUGUCACUGACUUGGCUGCUGCUAACCACUAUAAAUUGGACCAUCUCAAGGCUCCUGAGAACUGGAAGUAUGUCGAGGAGGCUAAGGCUUUCUAUGUUGGAGGUUUCCACUUGACUGUUUGUCCUCCUGCUAUUAAUGCUCUUGGUGAACAUGCUGCUGAAACCAACAAGAUCUUCAGCAUCAACUUGUCUGCUCCUUUCUUGCCUCAAUUCUUCAAGGAGCCUCUUGAUGCUUCUUCUCCAUACUGGGACUACCUUAUUGGUAACGAGAGCGAGGCUCUUGCUUAUGCCGAGUCUCACGGUUUAGACACAAAGGACAUUACCGAGAUUGCUAAACACAUUGCUCUGCUUCCCAAGAAGAAUACCAAGAGAGACCGUGUUGUUGUUAUCACUCAAGGUCUUGACGAUACUAUCGUUGUUAUUGGUGAUGUUAACAACAAGACCACUACUGUCCACACCUUCCCAGUUCACCCCAUCUCCAGUGAAGACAUUGUCGAUUCUAACGGUGCUGGUGACGCCUUUGCCGGUGGUUUCCUCGCCGGUCUUGUCAGCGGCAAGCCUCUUGCCGAGUCGGUCGAUAUGGGCCAAUGGCUCGCUGCCCAAUCUCUGCGUGAAAUCGGCCCUUCUUUCCCCUCUCCCAAGAAGGCCUACACCAGUGCCUAA